AUGGUGAAUGCACAGAGGAAAGAUUGGUCUAACAAGUUAGAUGAUGCGUUGUGGGCAUAUAGGACUGUGUAUAAGACACCCAUAGGGACUUCUCCCUAUCACAUAGUAUUUGGGAAAGCAUGUCAUCUUCCGGCAGAAUUAGAACAUCAAGCUUAUUGGGCAAUUAAGAGGUUGAACUUGGACCCCGAGCUGGACGGUAGAAAGAGAGUGAACCAACUGCAUGAACUUGAGGAGUUAAGGCUCCACGUGUAUGAGAAUGCCAAGCUUUACAAAGAAAAGAUGAAGAGGUUUAAAUGGAGUGGUCCUUUAGAAGUGGUAAGAAUGACACAACAUGGGGUUGUUGAACUUAAAGGUGAGACUGGCCCUACGUUCUUGGUAAAUGGGCAAAGAGUGAAACACUACUUUGGUGUGGAUUCGGAUCGUGAUCAGGAAGCUCUUGAGCUAAAUGAUGAAUGA